AUGCAUCUGAUCAACCACAAGGACUUGGAAUCCUUCGUUGAGCAAAUCCUCAUCGGCAACGGCACCCCUCAAGAAAGCGCCGCCAUUGUUGCAAAAUGCCUUGUAAGCGCAGACCUCCGAGGUGUUGACACACAUGGAAGCAAUCGAAUCCCUAGCUACAUGGAGCGAAUCCGCCAGCAAGCUUUAAACGCCAGUGCAACACCCACUCUCCGCCAAGUAACGCCCGUCGUCGCACAGAUAGAUGGACACAACGGAUUUGGAUUCGUCGCGGCACACCAAGGCAUGGCGCGAGCCAUUGAAAUGGCCAAGGAUUUCGGCAUGGGCAUGGUCUCUAUUAAACACUCCAAUCAUUUUGGAAUGUCCGCGUGGCUCGUUAAGCAGGCUCUGGACGCCGGGAUGAUGUCGCUUGUUUUCACGAAUUCCUCGCCCGCACUUCCUGUCUGGGGCGGCAAGGAGAAGAUGAUGGGCGUUUCGCCGAUUGCGUGCGGGGCACCUUCUGGGAAUGCUGCGCGUCCAUUUAUUCUUGAUAUGGCGCCAUCUAUUGCGGCGCGGGGCAAGAUUUACAAGGCGUUGAGGAGGGGCGAGAAGAUCCCCACAGAUUGGGCCCUUGAUAAGAAUGGAGACCGCACUGAUGACCCGGCUAAGGCGCUGGAGGGGGUUAUGCUGCCUAUGGGUGGACCCAAGGGAUCUGCUUUAUCGAUUAUGAUGGAUGUCUUCUCGGGUGUGUUUUCUGGAGCUGCUUUCGCUGGCCAUGUUACAAAUCCUUAUGAUCCUUCUAAACCUGCGGAUGUGGGCCAUUUCCUUGUUGCCAUCAGACCGGACUUGUUUAUGACUAUGGACGAGUUCAAGGAAAGAAUGGAUUAUCUUUACAAGCGGGUUACUGAGUCUGAGAAGAUGUCUGGUGUGGAUCAGAUCUAUUUCCCUGGUGAAAUAGAGAUGAUCACGGAGGAGAAGAGACUUACAGAUGGCAUUCCUUUUGCAGAUGCGGAGAUUGCGAGCUUGAAUAAGGAGGCCGAUCUGGUCAAGGUCGAGCAUUUGAGGGUCCAGGAAUAA